UCGCUUGGGGUUCGGCUGCGUUUUUGGUUUGGUUUGGUUUGGUUUGGUUGGUUUUGGCUGCGGCUUUUUGGUAUAUCGCAUCACAAGUCCAAAUCGAUUGCCGGGCCAGCUAGUUUAGUUAGGCGUCUCCCUGAUAAGAUACGAAAGUACGAGUUGCGAACGCUUGCGAAGAAUUCCGCCAGAAGAAAAGCACAUUCGGCCACCUGAGCUUGGAGCAACUGUUCCCGGCGGUUAUACAACCAGACGACAACUAGUCAAAAACUAAGGAAAAUUGCCGAAAAUGUCUACCCUGGCCAAUGGUGGAAAGGAGGAGGAUCUAAAAAUUCUGGCUCAGCUGAAGAGCAUCGAACAGAUCAACGAGCAGCGCCGCAUAUUUCUCAACAGCACGAUCAAUGAGGAGGUGCCGGAGGCCACAAACGGAUCGACGGUUCGGGAGGAGGACCUGGAGAAGAAUCUGAAGGCCAUAGACGAGCCGCAGUCUACGAAGAUGCCCCCGGAGGAGGUGGCGAAGAAAACGCCUGAUGAGGUCCCAGCCCAGGAGCAGCAGAAGGAACCCGAAAAGGUGGAGCCAGCCAAACCAGUGCCCCCCAACACGCUCACCCUGAACGUGAAAUACGCCACGCUGCCAAGUCCGAAUGUGGUGACCCUGCGAUCCCCACUUUCGCCGCCCCCUAAGCCGCCAAUGCUGGGCCGCACCCGCAGUACAGGUCCCGCCGAUGGCAAGGGUCCAGCGAGCAAUGGAGCUCUCUCGCCGGACAGCUCCAUAAUCCGUCAGAGCUUUCCCGAAGGCGUCAUCACGCCCAGCAAGCCGGAAAAGAGCCCUGCCACGCCCAGCGAGGAAGGCCCGCCGACCGUCUCCGCCCGCCACUACGAGGGACUGAUCGAGGAGCUGAGGUGUCCCGGCUGUGCCGGCGCCAUGAAGGCGCCCAUCCUUCUGUGCAAGAGUGGCCACAGUGUCUGUGAACAGUGCACCCGCAUUUUGCUCAUGUGCCCGCUCUGCAAGGAACCCUUCACCAACUCCCGAUCGCUGACCGUGGAGGCGCUGUGCGCCAAGGCGCACUUCCGGUGCGGACACGCCUCCGGCGGCUGCCAGGUGCGGAUGCCGGUCGUCCUGCUGCCGUGGCACGAACAGCAGUGCAUGUACAAGCCGAUGAAGUGCUUCAUGGGCCGAGUGUGGGGCGAUUGCCGCUGGCAGGGGCGCGAGGUGCAGUGGAAAGAGCAUCUGGAGGAGCAGCACGACGACCGCCUGUUUCGGUCAAGCAGCGCUGAUCUGGAAUGGAAUCUAGGCACGCGGCGGAAACCGUUAACCGGCUACUAUGUCUUCCAGGCGCACGACGAAAUGUUCAACUUCUACGAGAUCCACGACCGCCAGCGUGUGCUGUUCACCAUGACCUGCACGUCGAACCGGCGGGACAGCAAGUACAACUUCGCCUACGAGGUGACGGUGCUGCUGCCAGACAACGAGGCGCUGUCCAUGACCCAGAAGUUUCCCGUGCACAGCGAGUACGACAAGGACAUCCUCAUGGAGGGCACAUGUGUCAGCAUUCCGCUGACGGAGCUUAACCGCUUUCUGGACCAGGACAAGGUUCUUCAUUACCGCGUGAGUGUGCUGGCGGUCAAGUCGCCGCGUCGCGCAAAACCACCUCGCCAAAAUCUGCCGCAGCCGGCGGACCUGGAACAGGCCCCGAAUGGAGGCGUCAACGUGAAGAGCGUGCCGACCAACAUGAUCAUUACGCGCACCUACAAGGAGGCCAUCGGCGAGGUGACCAAAGCGGAUGUGGCCAGUCCGGACUCGGAGGAGGAUCCGGCUGCAGCCGACGGCGCUGGGGCCAUUGGAGCCGACGGAGCCGGCGGUGUGGAGCUCGAGCGCAAGUGGGGCACACCGCAGCUGCACUUCAAUCGGAAAUAUCUGCGGAACACUCUGAACGAUGCCACGCCCGCGGAGGAUGAGCUGCGUCCGCUGGCCGCCGAUCUGCGCAAUGGAAAUGGCGACGAUAAGCUCUCCCAGUGCAGCAACAGCACGAGUUACACGAAAAAGGUGUCGGAUUCGCUGCGAAGAAGCUUCCGGGCACUCAAGGCGGAUAUCGUGGAGCUGCGCCCGUUCAGCAAGAAGGCAGUCAGGGAUGGAUCGACCUCUCCGGUCCAAAGCAAUGGCAAGUAGUGAUUCCGUGUGUGUGCCUUUUCUAAUUCGUCAACAGUCGCAAGAGUUGAAAGCAUGUAAAUAUAGCAAAUGUUUUAAUCUAUUGUAUAUGUACUAAAACCGAAAUAAAUAAAAUAAAAAAU